AUGGGAGGCUGCUGUUGUUGUUCUUCCAAGGCAACCGAGCUGAGGGCUGCGCCUACGUAUUACUAUUAUCCGAGGACUUCUGAAGAGCACGUGCCCUUGUCAUCUCGCCAGGGUGCCUCUGCAAUCUCCACAGGCCUCCUUGUAGAUACGAACCUGGAUACAUCAAUACCUGACACUUACAGACCACCUCCUGCCCCUAUUCCAUAUGAUGUGUCAGCAGGGCGUCCUCAAACUCCACCAGUGGCCCAAGAUAUUUCGGGCAACAAGAGUGAUUCAACAUUGCAGACAACAACUUCUGAUUCUGUUCAACAAGCACCUGGUGACAAUCCUCAAGAAACUUCAAACAAGUGUGAAGACCUGAAGGGUUCAGACGACAAAGCAGACACCAAGUUUGAGCUUGAUCCAAUUAAGAAGGCAGAUGUUGAACUUUCAAAGCCAGUGGACUCUGUUGCUUUAGUUAUUGAGGAGGAGGAUGCUUGCCCCACCUGCUUGGAAGAGUAUGAUGAAGAGAAUCCGAGAAUCACCACGAAAUGCGACCACCAUUUUCACCUUGCUUGCAUUCUUGAAUGGAUGGAAAGAAGUGACACAUGUCCUGUGUGUGAUAAGGAAAUGAUAUUUGAUCCUCCGAUUGAUUAGUGAAUCACCAAUUCAAGUCAAGUGCUUUCCUUUUU